UCAGUGCAACAGUGCACAUAAGAACCUCCAUGUUGCUCAGGAGAUGAGCUCUGAAGUGAAUGCGGGUCUUGAUCGGUCAGCUUUCAUCUUUUCUCAUCUCAUUUUUGAUACUAAUUUAUUAUUCGUCAAUACGAUUACGCGUAACCAGUGAAAACCGUAAACAAAAUCCCUAGCAAGAAUCCUUUCUUAGCCUUGUGCCAUCUGUGGACUCGACUUCUGAACAACCCGAAGUAUUCAUAUCCUUGGUAUCUACUUGACGCUGAUAAUUGUCAUUUAUGAUGAAUAUAAGAAGUUUUUAAAUUGUCUGUUUCAAACUCUGACUUUAACAGAUGGUAGAGGAUGUAAAACACAAAAGAAACUUCUUUUUGUCCAUGUAUUACUAGUUACUGAUACUUACAUUGAUUGGAAUGUUCUCUAUUCCCUUUCACAGAAAGGAAACUCUGAAAACUGAUGUCACUCAGUGUUUUAUGAUAUUCAUUUGACAAACCAGUGGACUUAAUAGACCAAAAAACUAUAAACUGACGUGACUUUUUUUUAAGAACGCUGUGUGAUAUUACAUAUGCUGUUAGAAGUGUUCAUUAUAUAUUUUGUAUUAUUAUUAUUGAUAUAGUCAUUAAGAAAGAAAAAUUUGCAUUUGCAUUUAGUUGUAUCAUUAGAAAAUGCGAGCUUUUAGCAUGGAAUUUCAUUUGAUAAAAUGAAAGGGUUAUCAAGGAUUUAUACGCAGGAUAAUGCCUGGUGGAAAAUGAACCAAUGAGAAAUGGUCAUGUGACCAAAUAGCCGUCAUUGUUAUGUUUUACUCUAAUCUUAAGUUGAACAAAUAAUGGUUGUUUUAUAUUUCUAUGUUUAUAUUAUCGAUUAUUGAAUUAAAUGAAUUUAAUUCUUUGCGUAAAAUAUAACUCAUUAAAAUCAUAAUGUAUUAGAUUUGAUUUUUCAUCUUGUGUUCUUAUGAUAUAAGAAAUGCCAAUGUACGAAUCAUUAGUAUGUUCAAAAAAUUGUGAUUGAUGAGAUGUCAUGUACCACAUGUAUUUUUAUGUUAAAAUAGAAGUAUAAGAUAUGAGAAUUUGUUUUUUACACUUUAAAAUAAUUAAUUGUUAAAAAUAUUUAAUUUAUAAAAGAUUGUUUAUAUUUAUCGUACAUGCAAUUGUAACAGUAUCGAAAGAGUAAUUAACCUAUAUUAAUUGAACUUUGAAGUUAAAAUCUACUGAUUAAUUUUAAAUGACAUGAUAUCUCAUGACGAGACAAAAGUUGAAAUACUACCGAUAAGUGGAGAAAAAAUUGAAGGAAAAGAAGAAACUGUUGUAUUUGUCGAACAAUAUGUGAAAGAUGUGUGUGACUUUAGCUCUCAGUAUGGAAGUAAUAUCAGUAUUUCUUACACGGCUUAUAAUAUUGCUGGAAAUCCCAGUAAAUUUCCGGACUAUGGAGAUUUUCCACAAGCUUUUGUUAUGAGAACUUAUGGGCCAUGGUGGGACAAAGCACCAUCAAGACUGAUAGAUUAUAUGCCGCAAAAUAAUGGAGAUAUUGUAAGCCAGGAUUAUAUAGAUUUAGAAUUUUAUCAAGAGGUAUAUCCAAUUAGAGUUUCAAUAUAUGAAACUUAUAAUCCUGGAAGUGUGGUUGGGGUAUGGGCACAAAAUUCGGAUGGAAAAUGGUAUCAAUUAUGGAGCGGUGUUCCUCAAAGUGUUCCACAUAAGCCACGCAUAUUUUCUCCUCGUUUACAGCUAUGCAAUUUUAAAACAAAAAUGAUAAGACUGGAAUUUAAUCACGACUUAUUAGAUUAUUAUACAGAAUUAGAUGCUGUAUUACUUAUUGGAACGUCUGAAUUAAUUGUUCCUAACAAUAAUUUACAUAAUCAAAAUUUAAAUGACCUUAUACAACAUUUGGGUUACCUUGAAUAUAGUAGCGAAGAUACUUAUAAUCUAACACCAGAUUAUUUAAAAGCAAAUCAAGAUUUAUCAAUUCUAAAAAAAACUCUUUCUAAGCACUGUAAACUUUUUAAAAGUAUGAUUGUAGAUAAUAUGUCCAAGGGUAAAUUAGUAUCCAAAAUAGGUCAACAUUAUCAGUCCGUUCCUCCUCUAGAAGAAGCAUUCAAUAGUUUACAACAAUUUUUACAAGAAGAUUUUCCUAAAUUGAUCAGAGAUAUUCAACAUUCAAAAUCAAGUACAUUAUUUGAACAAGAUAAUUCUCCUAACGAUAGAUUUUCAAUAUCAUUAACUGAUUCUGAAUAUCAACCUUGUGGCAGUUUCUCAGCACUUCCAGAUGAAACAGUACUGAAAAUUUUAAAAAAUUUGGACUUAAGAUCUCUGUGUUGUUUGUGCAGAGUAAACAGACAUUUUAAUAACAUUGCAAGGGAUGCUUUGUUAUAUACAAGUCUCAAUUUAAAACCUUACUGGUAUUGUUUAGAUACGUCGGCAUUAAAUUAUUUAGCGUCUAGAUGUAAAUAUUUACAACAAUUAGAUUUAUCAUGGUGUGGAAAUUAUAAUAUGAUUAAGUAUCAAGAUUUUAUACAUUUUAUUCACACAUCUGGAACUCUUCUGACACACUUAAGAUUAAACUGUUGUCAGUUUGUUAAUGAUACAGUUAUCUUUGAAAUAUCGAAAGUUUGUAAAAAUUUAAAAGAAUUAUGUUUACGCAACUGUAUGGGCAUAACAAAUGAAGGAUUUUCGAAACUUGAAUGCUUAGAAUUGCUCGAACGUUUGGAACUUUAUAGAACAAAUAUUGAAACUUCCACAUUAUGCACUAUAUUGAAAAAUAAUAUUCAAAUGCGACAUUUGAAUUUAGCAGGGAUGCAUGAUCGGUUAAAUAUUGAUGAAAUUGCAGUUGAAUUAGGAAAUUCUUGUCCAUACUUAGAAAGUGUAGAUUUUUGGAAAGCGCAGACUUUAACACCACACGGAGUUAGAGCUUUAUCACAUUGCAGUAAUCUCCGAGAAGUUGAUUUUGGAUGGUGUGGUGGAAUGGGUGCACCCGGUGACUCUUUACGAGCACUACUAUCUUCAUGUCAAUACUUAGAGAAAGUAUUUUUAGCAGCACUCCGAGGAUUAACAGAUCGUGAUUUAGAACCACUUUUACAGUGUCAACGAUUGCAACAAUUAGAUUUAUUGGGAGCACGUUCUCUUACUCCUGAUAUAUGUUAUAAGUUUAUUUUAUUUUGUCCAAAGUUAGAAAUGAUUGAUCUUAGCUUUUGUGAAGGCAUUAGUGAUUUUAUAGUACAAGAGUGGCGUCAAUUCUUUCCACGUGUUUCUAUUAAAAGAAGUUUUCAAGUUACCAGUCGAGACAUGUUAUAAAAAACAUUCCAAAACAUUUUAUUAUAAUUGAUGAGAUUGAUGUUAUUUGGCUAUCAAGAAAUUCAAUGAAUAAACUCAAUUUCUUGUCUAUGAGACUACUCCAAGACUGUAACGUAGUUGUACACAAUGAAUAUGUGAAAUUUAAAUUUUAAUAUAUAUUUAUAGUCAUCUUUUAUUUAAAAAGCUGUAUAAUAUAUUUUUUGCAAUUUGAUAAAGCUUGUAAGUUGCUCAUGUAAUAAGUGUUAUUGUAUAGUAUAUUAUAAGAAAUUUUUCAUACAUGUGUAAAUACAAUAUUUUCAUUGAAAAAAAAUGUUAUACUAUUCAAUUAAGAUAAAUCACACCUUAUUUAGUAUAAAACAUCUAAAUUGGCAAGUGCAAAUACUUUU